AUGCAACAGGAAGAGUUCAACUGUAUAUUGAUAGUCUUCUCGGGAAUUGUUGUGAUCGCAGCAUUAUUUCUGUUAUGUCUAGGAUGUUGCAAAUACCGACUGCACAAGCGAAAAGGAAAUAAUAGGCUUCAAAUUCCCCAUGUUAAAAUAACCAAAGCCCCACCACUAUCACUGGAUUCAGCAGACAUAGACUUUAUAGACUCCAGGAAUACUAAUUUAGUUUCAUCGACUGUUCGUGUUUCCUCUGUUCAUGAUGCUCCCCCCAAUGUAUAA